AUGAUAGAGAACUAUGACGGCAAACAGCUCAGAGGAUUUGUGUCUGCAUUUCAGGCUGCAGUGAAUAUAACUGCAUUUUUCUUUACUGAAGAAGUAUCUUUUUUCACAGGACUGUGUUUCCCACCUGCUUGUUUUCCCACUCACUACAUCCUUGUUGAAAAGGCAAACACCUGGGCUGAAGCUCUUCAUUACUGCAGGUGGAAGCACAGCGACCUGGCCUCGGUUCACAACAAGGAAGAGCUUGAUGAGCUGGUGACCACUGCACAAAAAUAUUACAGAGGUCAUGUCUGGAUAGGACUGUACGAUGACAUUAAUAGCUGGAGGUGGUCACUGCAAGAGGAGGGUUAUUAUGGUGAAGGAGAAGCAGAGUUCAGGAUGUGGAAGAGUGACAGACCCAUUAACUUUGGAGGAUAUGAGAACUGUGCAGGAAUGGAUAAUGACGGCUUAUGGAAUGACAGAAACUGCAAAUAUGAAGCCCCAUUUGUUUGCUACAAUGGGAAUAAAGCAACAGUGUCCUCUCCCAGCUUCAUCCUUGUGAAUGAGUCCAAGAACUGGACUGAGGCUCAGAGUUACUGCAGGAAACACCACACUGACCUGGCCAGUGUGAGGAACCAAUCUGAGAAUGACCAGCUGAAGACGAUGGUCCAGAAUCAACACACAUGGAUCGGCCUCUACAGAGACUCGUGGAAGUGGUCUGACGGGAGCCACAUUUCAUUCACACAUUGGAAUACUGAUAAUAAUGAACCAAAUGACAACACUCCUUGUGUACUUUUACAUCAAGGCCGAUGGGAAGACAAAGCAUGUACUACAAAAUUAUACUUUGUCUGCAGUAUUGUGUCACUGAAGCGACAGGUGGUGAGGGUGAAAUUAAGUGCAAAGGAUUCCUCUGUGAAGCUGGAGGAUGCAGGAGAAGCCAUUUUGCAGCAGCUCAGUCGGACACUGAAGCUCCACAGCCUGAUUAAAGACAUGAAGCUGACAUGGAGGAAGCAGCCUGAUGGAAAGAUCUUUGGCUUGGAAGCUAAGGAGGAGAAAAAGAAGAUCGGCUGCAACCUUAAAUUUAAACCUUAA